GGCUCCAGCUACAGCUCGUGCUGGGCAAGAUGGCGAGUUUCCACGAGUCAAAGGCCGCCAGGACGGCUCAGACCAAGGCAGUGGUGGCCAGAGCCAAGGCACGGGCACCUCCUCCAGGACCGGUGAUCUUGGCCGCGAUUCUCUCUCUCGCCUGCUUCCUUGUCAGCGACUACCUCCUCUUCGACGAUACACCAUGUGACGUUGACUUCAGUCCGCAAACGUACCUGCAGUCUCACUUAUGGACGUCACAGAACGGGUGGAUAUACUAUACCAUCUCAAGGGUUUUACUGUGUGUCCUGGUCUUCGUAGUGUUCUGUGUGGCCCUCGCCUGCCUCCUUGGCCUCUGCGGAGUCAAGUGGAGGCAGUCGCCCAACAAAGACCCCAUCACCAAUAUAACCACCAUUCCUUCAUACAUCACUCCCACAAUCUCUUAUUUCAUUCACCAUCCUGUUUUGUAUCCGUCUCUAGUUACCUUUAUUGUAUGUACAGUAGUUUGACAACAACAAAAUCAAGAUUAUUAUCUGAAUAACUAUAGUACUCUCUGGUGAGUACUUACAACCAAGCAACGGAUUUGACAAAACAACAAACAAAUAAAUAAAGGUGUGCGGCUGACUAUAUACUAGUGAGGUUGAGAGGAUGGUUGAUUGUCUGAAGUGGUCGGAGGAAGCUCGAGCCAGUGGUGAAUGGCCUGCAUGAUGUGCUCCGUUGACUCCUGAACUCUGCGAAAUACGUGACACUUGAUCUCGUUUGGGUAGCCCUGUCGCAGAGAACCAAACGCAAACAGUUUCUCGUCCUCCUCGUCCCUGCAGUAACCCACCAGCUGCUUGCGGGGGUAGUUCCGGUUCACAAACAGUCUGUGUUUCUUGUCCACCAGGUUGAUCCCCAGAGACGACACGUGCAUCUGGAUGACGUUCUUUGCAACCGCGGCCUUCCCGGCUGCCACGCCCCCUUCCUUGAACACGGAGAGAGCGUGCACGAGAG